CGACAUUUUUUCGCGCAUGCGUAGUGCGCACAUCAUCUCUCAGUGAUAGUAGCGGUGAUGAUGAGGGACGGAGGCGGUUCGGUUCGGUUUUACUGCACCGCGGGAGCCGGUAUGGAGGCGUUUCUGCUGGACGAAGUGAAGCGCAAACUGAAUGCUACAGAGGUGGAACACAUCCCCGGAAGGGUCUUUUUCUGCUGCCACUCAAAUCUACGUGACGUGAUGCAGCUCAAAUCAGCAGAGAGACUCUUCCUGCUUCUGCGUAAAGCUCCACCCACUUCCUUACCCACAAACCCAGGAAAGGCAGCAAGUGUGAUACAGCAGAGGAUUGUGGGAAAUCCAGACGUGUGGAGCGGCGCUCUGUCCACCUGGUGCUCGCUGCAGGCGGAGCUUAACAGCUCGGGGGGGCGGGGCCAGAAGAGGAAGCGAGAGGAGGAAGAAGAGAGUUUGAAUCGUCCUACUUUCAGAGUGAGCUGCCGCUGCAGUGGAGCCAUCGCUCGCUCCUAUAACUCCCAGAAUCUUAAUCGUAUAAUUGGGAUGGCCAUCAACCGACAGCUUGGAUGGAAAGCUGACCUUCGAGAUCCAACUGUUGAGGUGAACGUGUACUUAAGUGAUGAUCACUGUGUAGUCGGGAUUCCUUUGUUAAGGCAGCCUCUAGCCAGUCGCACUUAUCUGAAGCACACUGGGCUCAGGUCCACUAUAGCCUGGGCAAUGGCGUCUCUCUGUAAUCUCCAGGAGGCCUCUGUAGUUUUAGACCCCAUGUGUGGAGUUGGCACCAUAUUGCUGGAGGCAGCGCAAGAGUGUCCGAAUGGUGUGUUUAUAGGGAUGGACAGUGAUGAAGUUCAGUUACACAAAGCUGUAGAGAAUGUACAAGCUGCUGGUCAGGAGGAGAGAGUCCUGUUAAUCCAGUCUUCCUGCACAGCGAUGCCGCUGCCUGCAGCUUCUGUAGACGUGGUGGUGUGUGACGUCCCGUUCGGCAGGAAGUUCAGCUGCAGUGACGACAUGACGACUGCUCUUCCACACAUUCUAGCUGAGAUGGAGAGAGUCCUCCGUGAGGGUGGAAUCCUGGUUCUCCUGCUCAGUCUGCAACUUUCAGCCCUGAUUAAGAAACUUAUGAAAUCGGACACGCUCGACCUGCAGUCACACGCAGCUGGCUGCGACGAGGACACACACACCUCAGAGACGGACGCAGGCAGCCGUGAGACAGAAAAAUUAAAGUUCACUUUUAAUUCGCUGCUCCUGCAGAGCAAACACAGAGUGAGCCUCGGGAGCACCGACGCGCUCAUACACACCUACACGAAGAGACACACGACAUGUGAUGCACAGCUAUAGCAAGUGACUUCCUGUUGGACGUGGAGUGCACUAUGUAGGGUGCGUAACAUGUAGUGCAUCUACAGUACAUACACUCUCAGUACUAAAAUCUGCCUCACCUUGUUUGCUUGUACAUCGCCCUCCAGUGCAGGAGUUCUCAGACUGUUUGUACAUGUAAAACAAAUUCCACUGACCCCUUCAUUAUGGAUUUAUUGCAGAAUAUUUUUGGAGCCUAUGAGAUUUCUAUUCCUGAAUACAGUAGGUCUGAGCUGACUUUGGUUCUUGGACCCUUAAAUAUAAUAACUUUGAUAAUGUGGGUUGUGAUUUCCACGUCUGUGACAAAAUCAAAAAGGUCACGGACCCUUUGGCGAUGUUUCAUGGACCCCUGGGGGUCCCUGGUCCCCCACACUGAGAACCACAGCUCUAGUGUAUACAUUUUGCACAUUUAAUAUAAUUUAAAUAUAUAAUAUAAUAUAAUAUAAUAUAAUAUAAUAUAAUAUAAUAUAAUAUAAUAUAAUAUAAUAUAAUAUAAUAUGAUAUAAUAUAAUAUAAUAUAAUAUAAUAUAAUAUAAUAUAAUAUAAUAUAAUAUUUAAUAGAAAAGAAAAAAACAUUAGUUUUUAGCUAUGAGAUAAAGAUUUACAGUACAUAAGGUACAUGUGCUUAUGCUUUCAUAUAUAUAUAUAUAUAUAUGUAUGUAUGUAUGUAAACAAAAUGUGUAUCCUUGAGGCUACCACCUCAGCAACAAGGAAUGGUACAGUUUAGUACUUUUUUUUUAUUUGUUUUUUGUAUGGAGUGUAUGGAGUAGAGACUCAUUUGACACUUUCAUUUUCAAAAGUACAUGGACUGAUUUUGGACAUUCAUUACUCUAUGUAGGGUGCCAAAACUUCUAUGCUACCCUACAUAGUGCACUUGUGAAGGACAUCUGGAGUUAUUUGUGAUUCAGCCAUGAAGAAGACACUUUCAGACAUCCAUCUUUGAGUCAUCUGUAUGAACUGUGUCUAACUUCAAAUAAAAGAUAUAUAAUUAUAUUUCCAAGUUUUUUUUUAGUUGGUGAAAAUCAGUGCUGUGUUUCUGGCCCUUUAAAUCUGAUCUUUAUGUCUAAUUUCUCACAUUCUUGUAGACCUAAAAAGCAGGCCAUAUUUGUAAGUCAUUCCAUCAUCACAGUAGUGACACGAACAAAUCGCCAGCAUGAGGCUUUAUCACAGAGACGAUUAGAUCUGGAGCUUAACGGUGCUCGUCUGUUUAUGAUUAGAGCGAGAAGGCCAAAGAAGGCCAGAUGCAGAGCUUUGGCUGUUUCGCAGCUAUCACUGGCAAUCCGCCAUUUUAUUUCCAGUUUAGCCACAGACACUGGGAGAUGCUGACAGGCAGAGAAGUGUGAGGUUUAAAAAAAGCACGAGGCUCAAUCUGACUGCUCUCGUAAAGGUGCGAGGAGCAGGAAGCACUGGCUCAGAGCUUAUUUAAAAGCAUUCGAUCAAAUCUGAGAGAUAUUUA